CACCCACGUCAAAACAUUGAAAAAGUGACGUUUACAGAUUUUCAUGUUGGUGUAAUAAAAUUGCAAUAAAUUCGCCACGCAGCAUGGGAGAUACACCAGCUUCAGAUUCCGAAUCCAACAAACAAAGCCCGAAAAGCGAGGCUUCCCCUGAAGAGGGCCGGCGUCCGUUUGGCGGGCUAGAAUUCCAGGUUUCAGAAGUGGUAGGCCGGCUCGAGGCCGGCGUGAACGCCCAAGAUGUGGCGGAAGAGGAAAAAAAGCCGGAACCGCGUAAAAUCAGUGCGGGGUUCUUCGAGCCCGAUGAAAUGCCAAUGGAUGAGAUUUUGAAGGUUUUAGAGGAUCUGGUGUUGAAGACUGACACUAAUUGUGAGACUAUGGAGCCUCCGUUGCUGCCUACGGAUGCUGUGACGAGAGCGACGAUUCUGUCUCAUAGUAUAUCCGCGUUGUUUGGGAGGCUGGAUCGGUCUCACGCAGCGAGACUCGGCGCACACAUAGCGAGUGAGACCACUCGCUGGAUGGCGCACAUGUUCAGACUGGCGGAUUACAAUGCGUUCUAUCACCACGAGCACUUGGAGGGCCUGGUUCGAGUCACACGGAUGCUCCUGCACCACAGAUACCCUCGCUAUUUGGAGGACGGAGCGCUGGCGUUCACAAACCGGCUGCCCUGCAUAUACAGCUGUGUGGCCAGUCCACUGGGCAUAGUGCAGCACCUCUGCAGGCAACUGGGCCUGCCGCUAGCCUGUGUCAGGCCUGUGCCGGUCAAUGCUGAUGGCAAGGGCAUGGACAUCGAAGCUCUAGAGCGCCUAUGCGACGAAGAUGUAGCGGCCAACAAGACGCCCCUACUAGUGCUGGGCGAGGUGGGUGCCCCCCCGUUAGGCUGGGGGUCACCGCUCGCCACUUUGGGGGCCAUUUGCACUAGGAGGAACCUGCAUUUGCAUGUGAGGGGCCAUGCUUUGGCUUUGCCCGCUGCUAGUGGAAGAGAUCAGAGUUUCAGCAUAGCAGAUUCAGUCACACUAACUCCAGGGCCUUGGUUUGGAAUACCUGGACUGCCUACUGUUACAUUUUACAAAAUACCAGAAGCGAUCACUGCCAACGAUCACUCAAAAGCUGUUAGUUCGGUGGGCAGCAGGGAAGGCGCGCUAGCAGCCCUGGCAGGGCUGUCAGGCGGCGGCGGGCGUCUGCCGGCGCUACCGUUAUGGACGUGCAUCCGAGCGGCGGGCGCGCGCCGGCUCACGCAGCGUUUGAACGCCGCGUUUAGAUCCGCACGCGCCGCGCAUACGGUGGUGUCGCAGGCGCAGCUUAGGCUAUUGAGCGAUCGACCCGGCGGCGAUGAGCCUCCAAAUGUAGACAUAGUAGAAGCAGUGAGCCAAGCGUCCGCGUGUGUAGCCUUCCAGUUUGCGCCGCCAGACGUGGAGAAGCCGCCGCCGUACUACGACAAGCUCAACUCCUGGCUUGGACAAGUGCUGCAGAGAGAGGCUGAGAUGCUAAGCAUAGAAGUAUGCGAAACAGAAUCCCACGGCAUAGUCCUCCGGUACUGUCCUUUAGAAGGCUCUUUGCUUGAAGAAGACAAAGUUGAAGCCUGGGCCGGCGAGUUAGAAGCACAACUACACGUGCUACACGCGACCGUGUCCCUCAGAGACCCCUUCCACCAAAGGGUUAACGAGCAUCCGUACUUGAAGUUGGUGCAUGUACCCGGCUGGGCUGGUCUAGGCGGAGUCCGGUUCGUGCCUCCAGGCUGGGAGGAAGCGUCGCCAGAUGACCUCAAUGCCCUCAACCGACAGUUGGUUGACACUCUACGCGAGUCAGACGGAGCCUUCUCUUGUGGGGACGGGGAAGACGGCAUGGCGUGUCUGGUUGACACUCUACGCGAGUCAGACGGCGCCUUCUCUUGUGGGGACGGGGAAGACGGCAUGGCUUGUGUCAGCAACAGCUGGUUGACACUCUACGGGAGUCAGACGGAGCCUUCUCUUGUGGAGACGCUGGUUGACACUCUACGGGAGUCAGACGGAGCCUUCUCUUGUGGGGACGGGGAAGACGGCAUGGCGUGUGUCAGCUGGUUGACACUCUACGGGAGUCAGACGGAGCCUUCUCUUGUGGGGACGGUGAAGACGGCAUGGCGUGUGUCAGGGAACCGACGGUUGGUUGACACUCUACGGGAGUCAGGCGGAGCCUUCUCUUGUGGGGACGGGGAAGACGGCAUGGCUUGUGUCAGAUUCGGCAUGGUCACAGCUGAUACGGACAUAGAGGAACUACUAGAGCUGGUGGCGACGGCCGGCCGCGACGUGGAGGAGAGGUCGCGCGUGCUCACAGACAUGAGCGAAGUCGUCAAGAAAGGAAUCGAAGCAGCGCAAGCGGAUUUGGAGCGCGAAAGUGCGGAACGACUAUGGCAGGAAGGGCUUCUUCGACGCGUGCCCGUGGUGGGCCGCGUGGUGGACUGGUGGUCGCCCAGCGCCGCGCCGCCGCCUAUUGGCCGAAGACUACAUCUUGGGCUGGGGACUUUGCAGACUACUGACGAUGUUUACAGGAAGGGCUCCUUCGGCGCGUGCCCGUGGUGGGCCGCGUGGUGGACUGGUGGUCGCCCAGCGCCGCGCCGCCGCCUAUUGGCCGAAGACUACACCUUGGGCUGGGGACUUUGCAGACUACUGACGAUGUUUACAGCCAAGAGGCUAUGGCAGGAAGGGCUCCUUCGACGCGUGCCCGUGGUGGGCCGCGUGGUGGACUGGUGGUCGCCCAGCGCCGCGCCGCCGCCUAUUGGCCGAAGACUACACCUUGGGCUGGGGACUUUGCAGACUACUGACGAUGUGUACAGGUCAGUUGAUAAAUAG